AUGAAAUUUCCUAUUGUAUUCCUUGUUUCUUGUGUUGUUCUGUUGCUCGUUUUGAGCUAUCCUGAAGCAAAAGCUGCUAACCGGUGUCACAUCAGAAAUAAAUUUCCUGGAAAUUGCGCAAAAGAUGCAUUACCGGGUUGCCUCAGAGAUUUCAGGAAAAAGAGUCCGAAGAACCAAGCUUUUGAUCAGUGUAGUAAAUGUGACAACCCUAUGGAUUUGUACAAUUUGAAGACUGACAGAAGAAGUUACGGACAGUGCGGUCUCGUCAAUAAACGCACGCUCCAUGCCCGUCAUAACAAGAGCUUCUUUUGA